AUGUCCCAACAACAACAAGAUACACCCUACUCCUUUCGGAAUCUUUUACUCUCACUGGAUCCGACUCAAUCCAAGAUUGAAAGGAUCGCACACAAUAAUUAUCAUUCCGAUUUGUUCAAUGUUUCAACUCCACAACAAGAAUAUCAACGAAAUUCAUUAUUGGAUCAAUGGUUGAUGGAACGAGGAAUUUACGGAAUUAAAAGUAUCAUUUGUAGAACUUCACGGUGUUAUGUUUUGACCGAGUCCAAUCAUUUAUUGGAAAUUAUCGAGAAUUCUGGUAUUGUGGAACAUGUUGUACGUUCGUUUUUAGAACCGCAUGAGAAAUUGAUUCAAAUGAGCGCUGGUUAUGCCAUGCUGCUUUUGGUCGUUCAAGACGUUCGCACAUUGAAAACUCGAGUGUUUACCAAAGAUGUCACUAUCCAAAAUUAUGCAGCGAAUACAGAGGAAAAACAUGGUCCAACAAUGUCAUUUGGUAAUUUUCAGUACAACCUCGAAACUGUGAAAUGGAACGAAAUUCUAGAUUUUAAAACAAUUUUGGAUGUGGAUGAACAUAUCAUUUUCACAUCAUGUGCUGCUUACUCUAUAACUUUUAUUUCGAAUAAGGGAAGGAUUUUUGCGUCUGGCUCCAAUCAAUUUUGUGAAUGUGCUCAACCCAAUGUUUCAUAUCGACUUAGCAUCAAUCAAAAUCAAGUGAAAGAAUGUCGAUUGGAUCCAUAUUUGAUCAAUUCCAAACCAUUUUUUAUAAGAUCUGUGAAUGGUGAUCACACGAUUAUUGCUCUUACCAAUGAUCAUCGAGUGUUUUAUUGUGGAUAUUGCUUGAAUACGGGUUCAGAUCAAGACUUUCUUCAAGAAUUUAAUCCGAAAGAAUUGCUGGACAGUGAUGAACAUUUUGUGGAUAUUGCUUCCUGUUAUUAUUCUACAUUAAUUCUAUCAAACAAACACAGGCUGUAUUGUUUAGAAACUCGUGAAAGAGUUCAAUGGUCUUGUGACACGCAGACGACUAUUUUGUCAUGUAGAAUCUUUGCAGCACCUUAUGUGUUUUUCAUGAUUGUUAAUGAUUCAUUGAUUUUCACAUGUAAACCAAAAUCAAGUGUAUCUGAGCUCAAGUUUAAAGUGUUUCGUUCCCAGCCGUCACCAGGAUCACAUUUGACCAUGACAGGUGGUGAUAAAAUUGUGAUUUACUGGAAGUCUGAGAUGGAAUCAAAAUCCAUUCAAAACAUGAAAGAAAAGAUGAUGAAAUCAUUGAAAAUUGAUUUUUUACAAGAUAUCACAGUGGUACAGUUGUAA